AUGAAUAAAGAGCGCCCAUUUUUAUUAUCAAAAUUAUAUGAUACGUUGAAACAAUUAUGUUUUAAAAUGGAAGUGCAAUCAUUAUCAGCAUCAUCGUCCUUAUCACACUUCAUUUUAUCUCUUAGUGGUCUAUCAUCGGCCCAAGCCCCAUGCUUCUGUGGUGAUACAAGUGGUGGAGAAAGUUUAUUAGCAACAAGUACUAAUGAUAUUUGCCAACUAGUCGAUGGUGGUCCUAUAUUUAUCAAACGUUUAUUGGAACAUUACAAACUAUUUGGUGAUUGGAAUUGGUUAUGGUCGUUUAUAGUGCCUUGA